UUCGGAGCGUUCGGUUGUCAGGUUUCGCGUUGUUCCCGUCGUUCUCUUUCCUCGAUUUCAGCUCUUCGCUCUUCUCGCACACACACACACACACACGCAGGCACCAUACUGAAAAAGGAGAGGGUGAAGAAGCGAGAGGAGGCGACUUUCGGUCGAAUUUCUAGCAUUUGUUAUUGUUGCUGGAGCUGUAGCUGUGCCGUGGCCCAGCUGUAUGUACCCAGUGUGCGUCAGUGUGUGUGUGUUUUUUCUGGAAGUUCAUAGCGAAUUCCCAUUUCCGUCUGCGGCGCACGUCAGCCAUUUCGAAGAAAAGCUGUUAGAACCCAUUCGGAGGUACUGAAAUCCAAGAGAAUCCAGCGAAACCCAGCGGAGCUAGCCACAUCCAACGACUGCUAAUCAUGGCCGAAAACUGCCCAAAGUGCAAGAAAUCGAUCGUCGCCAAGGAGGCAGCCACCACGAGCAUCGCUUGCAGCGGCGAGGAGUGCCGCCGGCGCUUCCACCGCACGUGCGUCAACAUCGAUGACGCGGUGUUCGAAGCCAUCCAGAAAAACUCGAUGGUCUCGUUCCACUGCGACGAGUGCAAAAAUCAAUCGCCUCGCGCCUUCGCCACCAAACUGCAGACCAUCGAGGAGAAGGUGAACAAGGUGUGCAACGGCGUCAACCAGAUCCAGGGCAGGAUGUACCAGCAGUACUUCCAGUUCGGCAACCAGCCGCUGCAAGCUCUGGGUGCCGGUUCUGGUGGCAUGGGUUCCGGCCUUGGGCCUGGUGGCCCCGGGAGCGGUCUCGACGGCAAGAAGCAUCCGCAGCAGAACAACCUUAUUGUCGUUGGCAACAACUGCAACUCGGAUCGGCUGCAGGUUGUCUGCGACUAUGGCCGCUGGGUGCAGGUGGGCAAAUUCGCUACCAAUACCAGCGAGGAGGAUGUGAUCGACCACCUGGCCGAGGAGCUGAAGAUUAACAAGAACCUGGUCAAGUGCACCAAGCUGGUGAAGAACGACGCCAACCUGUCGCAGCUGUCGUACUGCAAGUUCAAGAUCUCCAUUCCGGACUACCGCUUUAAUGAGCUGUUCAAUGAGGCGAUCUGGCCCAGCGGCGUCAUGGUCAGCCCCUUCACGCCGCGCUCGCAACUUAAUCAGAACCGCCUCUAGAGGGACGGGCCCGGCGGCCGGGAGAGCGGUGACCGGGCCAGGUUGAAGCAGUAGGGAGGAGCUGGACCAGGGAACGGGAGCAGAGAGGAAAAGAAGAGCGCAUGCGCGGGAGGGAGGGUGGACGGGGAAGGAACUGCAUCGCAGCCUGACAAGUCGUCCGAGGGUUGCUAGCCACCACUGCAGUCGGCAACAAUAAAGGAGAGGCACCGACACCCAAUACACCGCCAAUAUAGCCAGCUUUUCGUUCUCGCUGGAGGAGCAGGAGCCGGAGCACGAGCAGGACUGGGCGGCCGCUUCGUAGGCAACCAUUUUCUGCUAAUUUUUGACACUCGAAAACAAUGUCUAGAUCUUUAAAAGCUUACAGAACCUAUCUAAUGGAAAAGCAAACAGCGUAUUUAUUGAAUUAACUUUGAAAAUGCAUUUUAAAAUGUUUUAGCGUUGCGUAAAUAACAAAUCGAAUCGAAUCAAGUCGAUGUGUAAUGAAAUCGAUAAGGAAAACCAAAAGUAUUUUAAUGCAAAAACUCACAAGUAAAAUAGAUGUGAAGCAAACAAAAUAUUAGUCAUUUAUGCAUAACUGUCGUACUUAAAUUAAAGUAAACCAAAACAAACAAAAACUAUGAUCAAAUCCAAGCUAAGCGUAUUUAAAACCACACACCGCGAACGAUGAUUAUUCCGACUAUUCCCCAUUUGAUUUUUCCAAACACACACUUCCGGGACCCGAUUCCUCGGGCUCAGAGAUCGUUAUACUUUCCCCGAAACGAAAUCUAUAGAAGUUUAAUUACCACGUGUGUGCGAUAUCUUUAGCACAUUAAGUACUUAAUCGUAACCAAUAUCAAAAGUAUAUUCAAGAAGACGACGGCGGCUUAUAUUGUAUUCGUAUAUGUAUGUAGUUUGAGGCAUUUUCAAAGCUUGUUCCUGUUCCCAAAAAGUUUGGACAUUUUGCGAACCACUGCACAGGGCAGGACAGGACACUGGACACUGGCCAGCAGCAAACCCAUUCAAAUUCAAACCGGAAUAUAUGUAUUUGCGUUUCCAAAGAGCGUGUAUUCAGACCGAGGGGAGCACGAUGUCUCCUCCAUUGCAGUUACCACAUCACACGUUCAACGCGACGCGGACUCUCCGCUGUCGAAACGAAGCUGGGCAAAUCUGUUGCAAUAAUAACUCAAUUAUCGAGUAUAAUGGAUGUACAUUUCGUAACUGAUAUAUUUUUUUACGCGACCCGUGUCGCUCCACACCAAUCCGACAGCAAUAUUUUCCGUGGGCUCCACGCCAAGCGAUCCAAACAGAACCGUAGAUAUUUACGCAAGAGUCAACAGACGAAAUGUAAAAGACACAUAUAUUAUAUAUUUAGUAUACAACAAUAUGCAUGCAUGUAUUUAUGUCAACUUUUUCAAUAAAU